UACGAGUAAGGUUUAUCCUAAACCCUUCCAGCUUUCAGAGACUCCUAUUUGAUGUCAGCCUGAUGGGUGAGCCAUUCGUUAAAUCAAUCCGUCUUCUUCGACUUUUCGACGACAUAGUCAUGUGUUCUCUGGAAAGGCUAUGCAUACUUGCCAGCGGAAAACGGAAUGAAGCAGGUUCCCCCUCACCCUCAUCAACAACCGUGCCCAUCAACCAUCAACAUCAACCACAGCACCAACGCGAAGGAACGGUGCAUUAUCCGAACCAAGUCAAAGGAAUUCAAACCAAAAACCGAAGCACCCAACGCAGUGGAUAACAGGCACGAUCAGCUCAGGAACAAGACGGAGCAAGGCACUGAGAGCGUUGGCUCCUUGAGACGAGAGCGAGUGCAAAAUAGACCUGAUCAUGAACAUGGAUCAUCUUGGCUUCAGUCCAGACGAGCACAUGGCAGCAUCGGCUGUUGCUUCCUUGGCGACGAGCAAACGAAAGAGAGAAGACAAAGACGUAGAGAUGCAAGAUUGCAACAAGGUGGCUAAAACAGACGCAGAGCCAAGACCUCUCAAGCCUGGUAAGAAGGCACCUAUCAUCCGCGUGAUGCGUCCAGCUCCUUUCUUCUUCUACAAGGACUUUUCCCAGGUUCCCGAUAAAGACCCACUGACUCCGUUGACAGCUCCCGGAAGGGUACCGAAUUUCCCAGCUAAGAUGCACGCCAUUCUGAGCCGAACGGAGCUUCGUGGGAUUGUAACUUGGCAACCACACGGAAGGUCAUGGCGAGUUUUGAAGCCUCGUGAAUUUGAGGUCAAAGUGCUGCCCAAGUUUUUUGAACACGCGAAAUUUAGCAGUUUUGUGCGUCAAGCAAAUGGUUGGGGAUUCCGCCGGAUCACCCAAGGGGCUGACAGAAAUUGUUACUAUCACGAGAAAUUCCUGCGCAGCUUGCCACACCUGUGCAAGGACAUGAAGAGGCCGGGUGUUGCAGAGAAAAAGGUUGCAGACCCUGCACACGAACCUGACCUCUAUGCCAUUAGCAAGCUACACCCUUUACCUGAGAAGGUAGCGGUGGAUGAAUCCGUCCUGCUACAAUGCACACUCCAAGGUGGACCCAAGGCUCGAGUCCCCAUCUAUUCGGGAGGCAUGGGAUUCUUGUCCACUGGGUCGUUGCCCAACAAGACUGAAGUGGCCACCCAUGUGGCACCCAGCGAUCGCCUUGUUCUUGAUUCGUUCCAGCAAACAAUUGCUGCCUCCGAGAGUCAGUUCCGUGGCCUAGGUGUGCCCCCGGCCACAGUGACGGUGCAGCCGACCCUGGCCACUCCCAGUCUGCCUCUUCCCGCCUAUUUGGGCACACCGGGAGCAGCCUCUGCUCUGCUUCAUAGCCAACAGGGCCAAAGGACAACGUUGUCUGCACUGGCCGUGGCAAACCAUCUUUCAAUGCAGCCUGCUACCGCACCGGCAACGAUCAAUCCAACAGCAUCACGUGAUUUUGCUGCUGGCUUUGCAAUGGCGACAGCGUUCAGCCAGCAACAAUUCCGAAAUAUCCUGGAUAACCUUGCCCAGCAUAAAAAGGACUGAAAUCAACCCCACUUUCGCUAGCUCCUGUGUCUUUGAGCCCAG